UGGUUGUUACUCUCGGUUUACAGAACAUAGAAUAUCUGACCGACAGAACUUUAAAAACAUUCAAUUUUAUUGAUUCUUUGUAUACAGCUGCCGCGCGUUCUUUUGGAAUGUCCAGAGGCCCGUCGGUUGCCUGGCAGCGAAACUACCAAUCGCAGUAGCGUUCCGACACUUGGAUAUUCUGUGGUGGCCCUUUAAUUACACUGACUGUGGGGCGGCUGAUGAUUUGUAGAUCUACGGUUUUAUUGGCACUGAAAUAAACAUUUGACUGUAGGAAUAAUUAUAUACAGUCAAUGCAAGAAUCCUGCAUGUACACCAUCUGUAAACGAACGGCAAAAUGUGCCAUAUUUCUUUCAGUGGACUGUUAUUCUUAAAUUGACCUUGCUAAGUAGGCCUUUCUUUAGGACCUGCACGUCCUACACGUAGUGUUAAACCACGGUGCGCAGAAGAAGUAAACAUCUACUGUGCUGUGUGUUUCGUCUUCUGAUAAAUAUUUAACAGCUGCAUCUCGUCCUCGAUUGCAGACAGUCCCAGCACUGCCGUCCUGUGUACUGUUUUAAUGAAGGGCAGUUUUCUGUCUGCAGUGUAGAGAAAGUAACUCUCAUAACAGUUGGAGACGCAGGCCUGUCCAGGAUGAAAAGCGUCAGGGUUGUAGUGGUUGGAGCCGGUGUGAUCGGCUUCUCCACCGCUGUCUGCAUCGCAGAGGCUCUUCCUUUCUGCUCGGUUACUGUCCUCGCUGAGACGUUCAGCCCAAACACCACCAGUGAUGGAGCUGCUGGGAUCCUGUUUGCUGCAGAGUUUCCAGAUAUUCCCUUGGAAAGACAAAAACGCUGGUUCAAGGACAGCUUUGAUCACCUUUUGGCCAUUGCUGUGUCUGAACAAUCACCAGAUGCUGGAGUAAUGCUGAGCUCAGGUUGGCAAAUAUUCAAGGAGAUUCCCGCCAAAAAGAAGCCCUUCUGGUCAGAGUUUGUGAUCGGUUUUCGAUCUAUGACUGACCGUGAACUGAAACGGUUUCCGGAUCACAAGUUUGGCCAGGCAUUCACCACCUUAAAAUGUGAAUGUUCCAGUUACCUGCCGUGGCUCGAGAAAAGGUUCAGGAAAGCUGGAGGUAAAGUGGAGCAGAGGAAAGUCAAUAAUCUUCAGGAAUUAAGCAACAGCUUUGAUAUAAUUGUCAACUGCUCCGGUCUGGGCUCCAAAAUGCUGGUGGGUGACACCGAAGUGUACUCAGUCAGAGGCCAGGUCCUCAAGGUGGAGGCUCCCUGGCUGCAGCACUUCAUCAGAGAUGGAGACGGAAAGACCUACAUCUACCCCGGCACACAAAGCAUCACUAUAGGUGGCACGAGGCAGGAGGGGGACUGGCGACUACAGGUAGACGAAGGAGACACGAAGGGCAUCCUGGAGCGCUGCAGCAGGCUGGAGCCGUCGCUCAGCAAAGGCAAAGUUAUCAGCACGUGGGUCGGUCUGAGGCCGAGCAGGAAGAACCCAAGGGUGGAGAGGGAGGUGGUUCAGCUGCGCAACUGUCGGGUGCCUGUGGUCCACAACUAUGGCCACGGGGGCUGGGGAGUCACCCUGGCCUGGGGUACAGGCCUGGAUGCUCUGGGGCUGGUCAGGCAGUGCCUUCAUGAAAUGCCUCUGCAGGCGAAACUGUGAAUAAAUUCUGCCCCUAAAUCCUUUGUUUAAGUGGUGCUAAUAACAAUUUACUUUAAAUAAUAGUAGAAAGGUGCAAAUUAACACACACUAAAGUGAGAAUGUGAAGUGAUAUUUUAAACACUAAAAGAAAAAGUAUUUAUGCAAAAUCAUUUUGAAUUUCAUGGUACUUCCAUAAACUGCUAAUGGUGGCGAACAAUCUUUUAGGAGAUAAUGUCAUAAUAAAUCCUGCUGUUUUUUUUAAAUUUCUAUCAUCUGGUGCCAAUCACAGUUACCUUUGACUACAGAGAUCUACUGCUGGAGAUAUAAACUGAAAGUAGAUGGGUAAUCAACAGCCUUGUUAGCAUUUUUACAAUGUAUAUAGAAAUUAUUUAACAUAUUUAACAUUAAUUAACAAUAAAACACUGUACAUUAUUUAAAUGUGAGACCAUUUUAAUUUACUGUUAUGAAACUGAAAUAAACAGACAAAGCAACUGUAAAA